UUUUUUUUUUUUGUUUCCUUUUAUUUCUCUUCUUUUCUUUUUUUCUUUUCAAUUUAUUGCUUCUGCAACUCCCCCAUUUUUCAUCAACAACACUUCUUCUAUUUCGCUCGUAAAAAAUGACUGUGGAUUAUCAAGGACUCCGAGACACGUUUGAAGCCGCUGGUCAAGGUCAUAUUUUCGCCUUUUUCGAACAAUUAACUGCUGCUGAACAAGAAGAAUUCUUGAGUCAAUUAGCACAAAUUGACGUGGAAGAAGCCACGAAAACGGCCAAGAAGGCAUUGGAGAAGCAUGGUCAACCAGAAGAGGCGUGUGCUUUUGAACCUAUUCCUGAAGAUGUGAUUGUGGACGUAGAAAAUAACCGUAACCGUGACGCUUGGUUCGCAAUGGGUAUGGAUUUGAUUAGAAAGAACCAGGUCGCCGUCAUUUUGAUGGCAGGUGGUCAGGGUACUCGUUUGGGUUCUCCUGAUCCUAAGGGUUGUUACAAUAUUGGCCUUCCCUCAGGCAAAUCCUUGUUUCAGUUACAAGCCGAACGUAUUCGUCGUCUCCAAACUUUAGCUGCUACCGAUGGUCAAGAUGCCGUCAUUCCAUGGUACAUCAUGACUUCAGGACCCACCGACAAACCCACUCGCGAUUUCUUUACCAAGAACAACUACUUUGGAUUGAAUCCUGAAAACAUUAUUUUCUUCCAACAAGGCGUGAUGCCUUGUUUCACUCAUGACGCCAAAUUUAUGCUUGAAGGAAAGGGAAAGCUUGCUGUGGCUCCUGAUGGUAAUGGUGGUAUUUAUGGCGCUCUUCACAAAGAAGGUGUCAUUAAAUCAUUAAAGGAAAGAGGCAUCCGUUAUUCCCACUGUUACUGCGUUGACAACUGUUUGGCUCGUGUCGCUGACCCCGCUUUCAUUGGUUAUUGUGCUUCUCGUAACACCGAUUGUGGUAUUAAGGUCGUACCAAAGAGUCACCCUGAAGAGCCUGUCGGUGUCGUCGCUCGUCGUAACGGUAAAUACGGUGUCGUUGAGUAUUCCGAAAUCAGUGCUGAACUUGCCCACAUGCGUCAAGAAAACGGUCAACUUGCCUUUGGUGCUGCCAACAUUGUCAACCACUUCUUCUCCACCGAAUUCUUGGAACGUGUUCCUUCUUUUGCUCAUGAGUUGCAAUACCACGUCGCUAACAAAAAGAUUCCUCAUAUCGAUACCACCACCGGUGAAUUUGUCAAACCAACAAAACCCAACGGUAUCAAAUUAGAACGUUUUGUUUUCGAUGUCUUUGGUCAUAGCAACGCCUUUAGCGUACUUCAGGUCAGCCGUGAUGACGAAUUCUCUCCUUUGAAGAACGCGCCCGGUGCUGGUGUCGAUUGUCCAGAAACAUCCAGAGCGGCUAUUUUGGAUCAAUCCAGACGUUUCAUUCAAAAAGCAGGCGGCCACUUUAAGGAUGACACCAUUGAAAUUGAAGUCUCACCUUUACUUUCUUACGCCGGUGAAAACUUGGAAGCCGUUUCAGGCAACACCAUCCAACGAUCAGGUAUUCUGACCAACUUGGAAGAUAUUGCUUUAGCACUCUAAAAAAAAAAAGAAAAAAAAAGCAAUGAAUAUCAUCAUAUCCCCCCACCCCACCCCCACCCAAGUUUACUUUUUUUUUUAUCCCUUCGUUUUCUACCUGUUUAGAUCUUACAAACUAAUGCAUCCAAUCAUCUCUCUUUUUGCUCCGUUCCUUUUUUCUUUUUUUACAAAUUGUAAUAUUCCUCUCUCUCUCUCUCUCUCUCUCUCUCAAAGUCACUUUGCUCUUUGUAUAUUCCCAAGUUAAAACCCCCCCUCCUUUUUUUCGUUU